AUGCUUAAGUUUGAGGCCGGUCUCAGCUUCUUCAAUCUAGCUUGCAGCAUAUUUCGUGAUGUUGAAGAUGUUAGCUGGGAAAGCGUGCAGUGUCUUCUGCUCAUCGCUCUUUACAACUCAUCCAAACUCAGAGUUUACGAUCAUUGGCGUUUCAUCAACAAAGCCUGUUCGACUGUGAUAAUCUUGCUGCCUUUAGAGGAACAGCUGCGAGCUCACCAUUGCCAACUCUACUGGAUUGCAUACCUACAAGAAAGUCAAAUACUCGUCGAGUUUGAAUUCCCCUCGAGCGGUCUUAGUGGGCUUGAAAGCUCCGUUCCGUUGCCGCUUCUCCCAGAUCCUGGGAUCGACCCGCGGCAAAAGGAGUACCAAUUCUUCUUCCUUGCCCUCGUUUCAAUGAGAAGACUCCUUAAUAGGAUUCACUCCCAUUUGUACAAUCAAGAGCGGCUUGUGAUUCCAACUCCCUCCGUGCUCUACGAACUCAACCGGCAGAUUGAGGAGUGGAAACAAUGUCUCCCCUCUGCAUUUCAGUUCUCGGAUCUCACACUAUCGGAUGAAGUUCGAAUUGCUUCUCAAACCGACAAGCGCAGCAUGCAAGAGAGGCUCAAGGGUCACUUGAAGGCCCGCUAUCAUGCCGCCAAAACCAUACUCUACCGACCUCAUGUUCACAGGGUGAUACACAGCUCUGGAGUAGAUGCCGCGGAUUACGAACUAGAUUGUGCUAAAACUGCUAUUGCUUCGGCGCUGAUAGGAAUUCUUCACGGCGGGAUAAUGCACGAGCCUUUCCAGCUUCUCCUGUUUCCCAUUAACUCCUGGAGAACGCUAUUUGCAAUAAGAAUCCAGAUACAAAUGAUUCAGAGAACGGAGGUUUCGGGAUUGGCAGCGGCCUUGCUGCCAGAUGGCUGGGAAGUGAUUGAUCGGGUUCAGGCAAUCAUUGUUGACGCGGCAUCUCCUUUUUCACCGACAAUCACCAGGGAUUACGAGAUUGUUCAGAGUCUCGCAGAAGGAUAA